UAUUUUUCAUUUUCGCUAAUUUUCGCCACGGUAUUUAAAGCUAACUUAGAGAGAGUGACACUAGAAGAAAAAGGCAAAAAUGUAAUUGUGUCGUUUUUACAUUCCUAAUCAUCACCGUAUUGUUUAACUCUGUUCUUUUCCUGUAAAGGUGAAGAUUAUUAUUGGCUGCAGGCUCGAUUUUUUUGCGCCAGCAUUGCUGACCAGGGUGCGGCUGUUUUACUGUUUUUUUUUCUUUUUUGCUUUGUUUUUGUUUUGUUUUAUAUUUUUCUUUUAUCAUUUCGUGGCCAGUACAAUAAGCGCUCUGUACGGAAGCAGACUGCGUCCCAUCUGUAUGUACGGCGCGACUGGCCAGAAGAGGGAUUUCAGCACUCACUUAUCUGUCAUCUGUCUAUCUGUUUGUGUGUUUAUCAGAGAGCUCCGCACAGCUCCUUGUCCAACCUGCCGGCACUCAACUGAACUAACUUUCAGCCCUGGAUUCGUUACUUUUGAUCCAUGGACAAAGCCUCUUGCCUGGCCAGCCGAGAUUCAGACACUCCGUGAACAGUCCAUAUACGCUGGUAGCAGCACCCCCUGCAGACUGGAGGAACAUGGAAAGGCACAGUGAGAGUCCUGGUCUACAUAACAGCCCAGACAGGAGAAGCUGCAGUCCUGAUUUGAAAGGACCUCCACCUGGAAAGAUGGCACGAAUGGAGCAAAAUGGUAGUCCUACAGAUAUACGAGUUCGACAUAAUGGUGCCCCUACCAGAGCACUAGGAGGUCUGAUGAUCCCUGUUUUCUGUGUAGUUGAGCAGAUGGACAGUCCACUGGAAUAUGAGGGCCGUGAAGAGCAUGCUGAAUUUGUGUUGGUGCGGAAAGAUGUUCUUUUUAACCAACUUGUGGAGACUGCACUGCUGGCUUUGGGGUAUUCACAUAGUUCAGCUGCUCAAGCUCAAGGUAUCAUCAAAGUUGGCCGUUGGAACCCAUUGCCAAUUCAUUACUUGACUGAUGCAGCAGAGGCUACUGUAGCAGACAUGUUGCAAGAUGUGUAUCAUGUUGUUACACUAAAGAUUCAGCUGCAAAGCUGUGCCAAACUGGAAGAUCUUCCUGCAGAACAAUGGAAUCAUGCUACAGUUCGCAAUGCACUCAAAGAGCUAUUGAAGGAAAUGAACCAGAGCACACUGGCAAAGGAAUGCCCACUGUCACAGAGUAUGAUUUCUUCCAUUGUUAACAGUACGUACUAUGCCAAUGUUUCCUCUACUAAGUGCCAAGAGUUUGGCAGGUGGUACAAAAAGUACAAGAAGAUUAAAGGAGAUUACUUUGAAAAGAUGUGGUCUGGCAGGGAGAACUCAGAAAUCAAAGUUGAGCGAGACACCAUGGCUGAUUUCUGUGUACUUGGUCAACGUCCUACUCACCUCACAAGCCUUAACCAGCUGGCAUCUCUAAGUGCAGGAGGGGUAAAAAGUGGAGGAGCGGAGCCACAACCACAACCACCACAACAGUUAUCACCUCAUAACCAGAUGCACCACAGCCCUCCACUCCGCAGUCAAGUGCCCCCUGGUGCUACCUUGCAGCCACUCAUGAACCCUGGAGCCUUACUUUCUCCUCAGCUCAAUCCACAGCUGGUACGCCAGCAACUGGCCAUGGCACAUCUCAUUAACCAACAACUUGCUGUUAGCCGCCUGCUUGCCCACCAACACCCACAAGCCAUCAAUCAACAGUUCCUGAACCACCCACCCAUUCCAAGACCAACCAAGCCCAGCGAGCAAGGUGGCAACCCUGGUGCUGUGGAAGUGUCACCUGAUAUCUACCAGCAAGUGCGUGAUGAACUGAAAAGGGCGAGUGUCUCACAGGCAGUAUUUGCAAGAGUAGCCUUCAAUCGUACACAGGGUCUGCUGUCAGAGAUACUUCGUAAGGAAGAGGACCCUCGGUCAGCUUCACAGUCAUUGUUAGUGAAUCUAAAAGCAAUGCAGAACUUCCUGAAUCUACCUGAGGCGGAGCGGGAUCGUGUCUACCAAGAGGAGAGGGAGCGGAGUAUGAACCCUUCAGUAGGGCUACCACCGUCUAGCACUGGAAGCCCUGGGGGUUCCCGCCUGCCACAGUCUAAAUCUACGGGUCCAAGCACAGAACUCCCGCUAAAAGUGGAAGGCCUUGGAUUGUCUAUCACAUCAGCAAUUUACGAAGAAAUUCAGCAAGAAAUGAAAAGAGCCAAAGUGUCACAGGCACUUUUUGCUAAGGUGGCAGCCAACAAGAGCCAGGGUUGGCUGUGUGAACUUCUACGCUGGAAGGAGAACCCAAGUCCAGAUAAUCGAACACUGUGGGAAAACCUUUGCACAAUCCGCCGUUUUCUGAGUCUACCACAGUCUGACCGUGACUUAGUAUAUGAAGAAGAGUCACGACACCAUCACAGUGAGAGACUGCAGCAUGCUGUCAUUCAUUUGCCCUCAGAAGCUACACAGCAGGCAAUCCAUAGACAAACCUCACAACCAGCCAAGGAGAGCUCUCCACCACAUGAGGAUCCUCAGCCAAAUUUGGCAGUACCUAGUGGAGAGGAGAAUGGCGCAGUCAAUAGUGGAGCUGGGAAGAAGCCACGGUCACGUACUAAAAUUUCAUUGGAGGCUUUGGGGAUCUUGCAGAGCUUCAUUCAUGAUGUAGGCCUGUACCCUGACCAGGAGGCUAUCCACACUUUGUCUGCACAGCUGGACCUUCCCAAACAUACCAUCAUCAAGUUUUUCCAGAACCAGCGCUAUCAUGUCAAGCAUCAUGGUAAGCUUAAGGAGCAUGCAGGUAGUACUGGCAUUGAUGUAGCAGAAUACAAAGAGGAAGAGCUGCUUUCUGAAUCUGAGGAAAAUGAAGACAGUGAGGAUACCCCUGAAGAUAUGUUUGGUGUGGAAAGCUCAGAGGACAGCAAAGAAAAGAAUCACCUAACAAUUCACUCUCCUGUCUCUGUGUGUAUAUCUGCUACAGCUUGCAACUCUUCCUCCAAUCCUCUGGAAGCACAAGAACAACCAAGAUAAUGCUCCACAGAGGGAUAAUGUACCAAGAAAGUAUGAAGCAGGACUAAGAUGUUUUGGAUUGACUAGUGACACAACACCUUGCUGCUACAUUGACAAGAGCCUGAUCCCUCCACUUUGUGACAACUAAGGAUAACUGGAACUGGAGGAAGGAGAGAGCAUCCUCAAACAUAUUUUGAAUUUACUGUAUUUCAGAAGAAUAUUACAUUUUCAAUAGAGAUCAUUUUCAGAGACCGUAGAAAUGUAGUAUGAUCAAAACAGGAGGUUUGCAGAUAUUUAAAGAUUCAAUUUUGCACAAUCUUCUCAGUCACCUCCUUUCUGCAAAAUACUUCCAGCUCAUUUUGUUCUCAUUGGGAAGUCUUCACCCACAUGUCUUUGUGGUUUUCUGAACACCUUGUUGCACAAUGACAGACUGGGCACUUUGAGCAAGUUUGCCAGUGAUUUUUCUUAGUUACUGGCUCCAUAUAAAUGGAUUCACUGGCACCUGAGUAUAUGUUCACAGCUUGUGAAGAACACAACUGAAUUCAUAAUGUAACCCCAAAGCACUUCCUGUUUAAAGAAAAUGCUCUGAAUUAAGAGAGGUAUUUUGGAAUCCAGUGAUAUUCUUAAUAGUUUAUUCAGACUACCAAAAUGAAGCAGCUCGUGAACUUUUUGUGAGAAAUGGUAAUACAAGCACAACUCUUUGUCUGCCCCAAGUAAACAUUGCAGAGAUUCUGUGGAAUUCGGGAAGGCUGAUGAACAAGCCUUUGACAGCUUCUUUGUGUUUAAACUUGUGAAAGAGUAGAUACAAAGACUACAAGACACCACUGUUUUUGUAAAUACAGUAAAUGCAUGGGAGAAACAUGUUGAUCUAACUCCGGUCUGUGAAUAGGUACCUUAUACAAAAAAAAAAAAAAAAAAGGAAAAGUCAUAAUGAACUUCUCCAGAAUCAAUAAGGUCUCCUGGUCUCAGGGUGUGGUGUCUGUUGUUAAACUCUAUUUAUUUUCUAUGUUUAUCCUUGAUUUUUGUUUUUGUUUUGUUGUUCAUUUUCAGUAAUCCGAGUGGCUUCCUUUCUAGUGGCAUUUUCGAUAUAUCUGAGGUAUGCAUUUCAAAAAAAUAAAAAUCAACACUGCCAAAACUGUUGAAAAUGGUGAUGAAAUCAUCAAAGAUUGUAAUUGAGGAAAACACACCAGGCAUUAUACUCUAAAAAUAACAGAAGAUAUGAUAGAUAAUGAAGAAAACAUAUACUUUUCCUACUAAACUGCUAUUUUAUUGUAUUACAUUUUAAAAAAAGAAAGUUAGUAUAAGCCCUGCCUUAUAAAUUACUGGGUACAGAAACACAGAAAAUGUACUAAUGUGUAUCAUUAGCUGAUAUUAUAGCCUCAAUCAAUAUUGUCAUCAAUUCUGGAAUCAAAGCUGCUGUAUUCAUUCUUCAGUGUAAAUUAUAAAGUCUCUAAAAAUCAUUCUAAAGAAAAUAGUUGAUUAUGAGAUGAGAUAUGCUUUCUCAUUUUAAUAGAAAUGUUCUUGCUCAUCCUGUUCCUAUUACCUCUCUUAUUAAUGUUUGUCGUCUGUGUUUUUCUGCUCUGAUAAUCACAUAUGUUGACAACACCUUCAAAUCUUCAGUCAGGCACUUUCUACUUUGUUGUAGCCCACCACAUCUUAGUACAAAGACAGUGUCAUAAUGUAGUAAAUCAAACUUUAAUCUCAGUCAAAAAGUGUCAGUCACCCAGUCAAUGAUAUUGGCUCAAAUAUUCAGCAGCAAUGUACAAAGCCCGUUCUUUAGAAGGAAAAAGUAAGUAACUUUCAUUAAUUUGACUGCAAUACUAAUAUGAUUCCUCAUUCAGAUACUGAAAUGUAGACUGUCCAUUCAUAUCACGCAUUGACAAUAUCCACACAUUAUCAAAACUGUCUAAUUCCGUUCAAUGUUUGGGGGAGCUAAAGCCUAUCCCAACAGAUUUGUGUGCAAAGCAGGAAACAACCUUUGGAUGUUGCACCAGUCCAACACUUGGUACUAUCUCACACACUCAUAGAUAACGUAAUCAUUUAACCAAACGUGAAUGGGUUUGGGAAGUGAGUAUCAAGAGAAAAGACCAAUCCAGCCAUGGAGAGAAACCUGCAAAGUCUGCAUAAACAGUAUCUGGGUUGUGGUUUGAAUCCAGGAAACUAGAGCUAUGUGGCAGGAGUAUUGCUCAUUGCACUGCCAUGUUGUCCUGCUAUAACAGGCUACAUAAAAUUGUAAAGGGAAAAUAUGUGAAUAACUAUAAACAGAAGCAAAUUAUCAGCAUUGUCUAACAUUCUAUUCUGAAGAAAAAGGAACUGACAUUUUUAUUUCGUUUAUGUAGGUAUUUUUAAUGUUUACAUGAGAGUUAAUUGCUUUGGAAUUGAUUUAAACAUUUCUUGUGCGUUUUAUGUUUGUAUUCAUAUUGCCAGUGCUGUAGCCAUCAGAUUGGUAUAAACAGAGAAUACUGCAGAUGCCUCCAGCACAACCACACCUACAAACAGCAAACAACUUUGGUUCAAAGUUCAAGAGUGUCUUGUGUAACAAAAAUAAAUAAAUAAAUAAAUAAAUAAGCAAGACUGAGUAGGAGUGCAGUUAAGUACUGUAACUAUAAACUACAAAGAUCACUGUUUUAUAUACUUCUGCUUUUAUUUAUUUCUAUUUAACAGUAAUGAUAAGGUUCUAUUGGAAACUUGUUUGCAAUAAGACAGAUGCAAAAUAUUAUAAAUGUUAUUUUAGUUAUGUUUCUUUGUAUCGUCAAAUUCAAAUUCCUAGAAUAAAUCAAAGUUCAAAACUUAAGCCUGAGGAUAUGUCCAAAUUUACAGCACAUUAUCUACAUAAAGAGGUACU